AUGGCUGUUCCGUCAAAACGGAGAGCUGAUGACGGUGGUUCGUCGUCUGUUCCUCCCUCUGUCAGUUGUCGGCGUAGGUCUCGACGUUUACAACCAUUAUCUCUUCUUCCCGACUACAUGGAUUGUGGUGAUUGUACGUGUGUUUGUGCCUACUGCGGUGCAUUGCUCUGGUACAUUGAGAGAGUCGUUAAUACAUCUACAGCUGAUCCUCCCAGAUAUAAUCAUUGUUGUAGAGGUGGAGAUGUUGUACUUCCUUAUCCUUCCAUGUUUCCAACCGACUUUGUUGCUCUGUAUCAAAAUUCGCGUUUUUUAAGGGAUAUUAGGGCUUAUAACAGCAUGUUUUCUAUGACUUCUUUUGGGGCAAACGUAGAUGAGGAUGUGAAUGAUAACCGUGGUCCUUAUGUUUUUAAGAUAUCUGGUCAUAUUAGCCACAAGAUUGGGUCCCUCUGUCCGGAUCCUAUAAAGGGUCUGAGCUAUCUGGUCAACUUUUUGGGGGUUAAUAACGAAUAUGUGCGCACCUUCAAGACUGCAAAACAAAUAGCAGAAGAAAGUAAUUUACAGUCAUAUGCGGUGCAACUGUUUAACAAUGUUGCGGAUCGUAGGUAUGAUUUGCCUUCGUCUGGGUCUUUGGGUUGUAUAGUAACUGGUGAUGACACAAUCUCUACAACAUAUAACAUCAUUAUCCAUUCGCAAUCGGGUCGGCCUCAACGUAUCAGUAAGCUGCAUCCAAGCUAUAUGCCAUUACAAUACCCGCUUUUGUUUCCAUAUGGUGAAGAAGGUUGGUCACCCCGUUUGAAAAUUGGAAAUAGGAUUGGUGCAACAGCUCGAAAUCUUACCGUCAAUAUGUAUUAUGCCUAUCAAAUUCAUGCCCGUCAGCAUAUCUGGUCUCCUAUUGUAAACUCAUCUCGGCUCUUUCAACAAUAUUUGGUUGAUGCAUACACAUGUAUAGAAGAAUGUCGUCUUGAUUACAUUGUAAAACAUCAAACUAAUCUUCGGUCUGAUUAUGUUAGCGGCCUAUAUGAUGCGCUUUCGAAGGGAGAUAGGGAGGCAAGUGUUGUUGGCAAACGUGUAUUCUUACCAGCAUCAUUUACCGGUGGUCCCCGAUUCAUUUAUAGUCAUUAUCAAGAUGCACUUUCUAUAUGUAGGGUGUAUGGCAAUCCACAAUACUUUAUUACUUUUACAUGUAAUGUGAAAUGGCCAGAAAUAACUCGGUACAUGGAUACACAUAUGCAAGGAGAUGUUCACAGCAGAGCUGAUAUCAUUGCUAGAGUGUUCAACAUCAAGGUUCAUGAGUUUGUUCGGUUUCUAAAACAGGACAAAACCUUUGGCGAGGUUGAAGCAUCUUCAAGUUCCAUGUUAUUAUCAUUUGAUAAAAAUGUUUACUUUACGCUAUCAUAUGGUUUCAUUCUUAUCCAUGAAGAUUUCACUUAA